GUCAGAGGAGUAACGGAGGGGUGCGGUCAUAAUUCUGAAUGCAACUUUUCAUUUGCGUUACACUUGUAUAGUCAUACAUUGACUCACACGUACGAUCAGUACUACUCAAGGCUAUAGCGUAACAAAUGACAGCCCUAAAGACUGGUACACUCAAUACGGCUAAAAAGUAUUCUUGAUGCUUUUAUCAGUGCCUAUUCGUUUUAGGGCGAGGAAGCAUUCAGACCGUGCGUAGAAUUAUGCCGCCUCAGAGUCCAGUGGAUUACAGCAAAACGAUGGCUCCCCCGGUUCCACCACAUAAACCCAAAGUGACCAAGCUGGGCGAAACACAGGAACGGAUUCUCAAGUGUGUUCUUUUGGGCGAUGGUGCAGUGGGGAAAACAAGCCUAGUUGUCAGCUACACUACCAACGGCUACCCAACAAAAUACGUCCCGACUGCCUUCGAUGACUUCUCAGCGGUCGUACAGGUGGACGGGAGCCCGGUUCGGCUGCAGCUGUGUGACACCGCCGGACAGGACGAGUUCGACAAGCUGCGGCACUUCUGCUACCCGCGGGCGGACGCGCUGCUGCUGUGCUUCAGCGUGGUCAGCCCGGCCUCGUUCCAGAACGUGUGGGAGAAGUGGGUGCCCGAGAUCCGUCGGCGCUGCCCGCUGACGCCCGUCCUCCUGGUGGGCACGCAGUGCGACCUGCGGCAGGACGUCAAGGUGCUGAUCGAGCUGGCCCGCCGCAGGGAGGCCCCCGUGGCCGAGGCCGACGCCCGGGCGCUGGCCGAGAAGGUGGGCGCCGUGGCCUACGUGGAGUGCUCCGCCCUCACGCAGAAGAACCUGAAGGAGGUGUUCGACGCCGCCAUCGCCGUGGGCCUGCGCCACGCCGGCAGGCGCGACCGCCGCGAGAGGAAGGUCCGCAGCACCGCCGACAAGAUGAAGACGCUCUCCAAGUCCUGGUGGAAGAAGUACGUCUGCGUGCAGUGACCCCGCAGGCCAGGGGGGGACUUUUACUCUGAAACGAGGACUCUUAAUCUUGAGGGGAAAGGAGAGGACGUCGGAUAUGACUGGGAUGGCCUGCCCUGAACACUGUAAAGUGGGUUGCUCAGAGGAACUUGGACUGUAUGACUACCUAUUAUAUCUUCAAGUGGAAGGACAUUCAUUCUUCUCAGUGUUUCAAAGAGGUGGCAAGGAGCUGGAUGUUCCUGGUCUGCAUGAGUUGAUAUUCAAAGGACACUGGGACAUUGAGUUUCUGCUUUUGGGCUGUGAUCAACUGACUCUGAAACAAAGCCAUGCUAUUUAAAGUGAAAUAAUUAUUCUUUCAUGUAAACGAUGGAGACAUAUCGUAUAAUUUUUUUGGGGGGGGCGGAGGAGGCAGGGGUGGGAAAGCUAAAAUUGUCAUCUUGUAUCUGUUCAAUAGAUCACAGAAUAUACACGCACAUGAAAAACUCAGACAGUGGACUCAGUGAAAAGGAAGCUUCAGUGCCAUACAUUUUUUAACACUGAAAAUACUUUUUAUUCAUAUUAUAUCUGUUCCCAUAUGUCGGUAUGCUGAUUUUCCACCAUUUUUCCAGAUCCUGUCAUUUUUACUGUACUUAUUAUGUGUUUUUCCUUUUUCUGUCUGAACACUUUCUGUUCGUUUUUCAUCAUCACUCUCUCAGUCCUGGGGGUUUCCUUCCCCUCUCUUUUUUUUUUACAACAUUUCACAUUUCAUGUCAACCAUUCUGUCCAAAUCAUGUCAAGUAUCUCCGAGGGGUCCAUCACUCCAUGUAACAACUCUGAUAUUAAUUUAACCUCAACUAAGGAACCCUUAGUUGAGUUCUGUUCGAACUUUGACGUCCAGACAUCAUUGUUCGCAGUCGUUCAAAAUGGCCGACAGGAUGAUCUAAUCAUCGCCGUGAUUUAAAUGAUCAGUGAACGCGCCGAGGCACAAUGAGUGAUGCAAGAAGGCUGAACUGAGCCCUCUGGACCAGGAUUGACUAUAGAAUUUAGUAUCUUUGCCUCUAGAUUCACUACUAAAAAACAUGCUUGAACAGCCAAAACAAAAUGGAUGUUAUUGCUUCUCAUUCUUCAGAAGCUCGCCUGCUCUCUCUCUCUUUGUGUUUUAAUCAAAUGAGGAUAUGGCAAUAAACUGUACAGCCACUGAUCAAACAAGUGAAUAAAUAUGUGAAAGAUUAAUAUUGUCUGUCUUAAGAUGAGUACAUUUCAUUGUCCGUGAGGUGAUUUGGCGCGAUAUGAAUACAAAUAUGAUUAAUUCUUCAGGGUGAUUCUGUGUAGAUUUACCGGUCUGCUCUCUUUCAUACACUGCGAAUAUGAUUGGAGAGGAGUGUGUUUGUGUGUGUCUUGCAGGCAAUUGCCUCGGCUGAAAAUUGAAAUGGAAAUGAAUAAAUAAAAUGUGAAAUCCUGAAACCAA